AUGGAAUCUCAACUUCAUGAAUGCUAUCUCUUCAGCGACCUUUCACCUAGCAUGAUGCCUAUCUCUGGCCUCGUCAGCCUAGACGCAGGGUUCGAUUUCGUCGGUUAUGUUUCCAUCGGCGAACAAGAAACAACGUUGUUCCCUCUAUAUUGUUUAUCCACGUCCCUUGGCACCCUUAGACACCAGAUCUCCUUGAUUGGCUAUAUUGCGACACCGAUCAUGCACAACGGGAUGGAAAUCGUGCACCAUUCCAUGUACGAACCUGGGUCUGUGCCCAUAUACACCCAGCAUGCUGAGCCAUCUGGGAAGUUGGAUUUGGCUCACCAGGCCUACACGGUAACUGACCACCUUCUUUAUAUCACAUAUGACUGGCCCACUCCGGGCAUUCAGAAAACAAUGGCCCUUCUUGCCCAGUAUCCUCAGGGACGUGGCCCUAUUGACAUUGUUGUCACUUUAUCCCAGCUCUUUCAGCCCUUUCAAACCUCUAUAGUUGCCCCGGAGUUCAACGACUAUGAGCCGUUUGAGUCACAUCCCAUCGUGUCGGAGCCAGAGUCUCCCGUGUUUGGCGAACUACCCUUGGGUCAAACUCUGAAUGUCGCUGAGGUACUGGUGGAUUCCGGUGUUCCUUCCGUGAACAUGACUGGCUGCACGACAAAUCUUGAUGACAAUGUCACGCAGCCUGAAGCGCAAGCAGACAGUACAGAUACUCUAAGCACCAUCCAAGACUGGUAUCCCCAGUGGAAAGCGGUCCUCGUUCACUUGCGGCUCGAGAUGAGAUCUGAUGUUGCCCGCGGGAUACCCAUUAAUCCAUUUCUACUCACACAAGCCAAUUACUCCGAGGAAAGGAAACAGUUCGUCAGCGAGCUCUUCCAAUGGAGCCUCACUGCGGUUGGGAUAGAUUCCGCAUCUCUGGGUCGCGUUAUAUCAUCCGAUGGGCAUACCCAUAUCACAGAAGACGCUAUAUUGGGGAUGGUCGGUAAAUGGUUGUCAGCCCUUCUGUCCCUCAUGAAACGGGCAGCUACCAUCACAAUUGCAGAUGGUGGACUGAUGAACAAUUUUACCCUUCAAAACCCAUGCCCCUUCGCUCUGCAGAGUGACAUGUGUUCCAUGUGUGUACAACUGAUGAACAUGUUUAUGUCUCCCAACUCGACCCGUUUCCCGAUUGCUACUAAUGAUUUCGUGCGGUUCCUUCGCAUGAGCAUUGCAAAAUCACUCGUUCACUAUCUGGUAUACCGGCCCACUAAAUCGGCCAAUGUGAUCAGGACUAUGGCUGAUAUCAACCGCCCUAUCUUCAGGCACGCCUCACAUCUACCCCCGGCGACAUUAGCUGCUCUCCUCUCCUAUCUGAUAGAUAUGGUCAAGGCAGGGGGAGUCAGCACUAACUUAUCACAAUUUCCUUCUGUUAGCGAGAUUUAUGACGAACUUCUCAAGACGGCAAUGGACCUGUUCGCACAGCAAGGUGACCCAGAACUCCCGAUUCUCCUGAUUUACCUUGCAGGGUUUUGCAACUUGAAACCGCUGUCGUACAGCCACCACUGCCAGAACCGCCGUCGCACAGCCACAGCCUCUAUACUCGCUUGUAAGCCCUCAACGAUCGCAUCUUUGCUUCCUACACCUAACACUCUUUCGACAAGAAACUUGCUUGGUGAGCACACCGAGAACACCCUGAAAUCUUGGCUCCAGAAACAGGGGCGUGACAUUCUUCCAGAAUCCCUCCUGAUCACAACAUCCGUAUUGUUUGGAUGGGUUGACCCCCUUGAUCUUAUCGCCAUCCUUCAUAUAAGCCUCAGAGUGGCCGCAGUGGAGAGACAGCUCCAGCAAGAAGAGUACACUGACAUCACAUUCCUUGUGCAAGGAGGGCGUUGCUUGAUGGAGGAGAGGAGGUAUCGAGCUCAAAUGGAGCUUUCGUUAUUCAGUAAAGCUAUUGAGAAUGUGUAUGAAGAGCUGAACACCCAAUACCACCCACCUACAUGGCAAAGGACAAUGCUGAGAGAGAACCCUGUCGUGCAUGUACGAACGCCUCUCUCGGUCCAUGGUGAUGACUUCUCGGUCAAUUUUGUUCACUCUCAACCGUCAAAAGCUACUCGAGAGAAAUGCGAGGCGUGGCUUUCCACGUCAUGGCAAUUUCAAACGGAUUUCCCGCGAACUCGAGAAAUUCCUCAGUUUCACCAACACGUAUUAAAGCCCAACAAUUCAUUUCUUCCCUUGCCUUGCUUGAUAAAACCUUGGGUUAGUAGUGUCACAUAUGGUGACUAUGUCAGUGCAUCUUGUGCAGUCACGAAGCCCAUCUGCCUCGACAACCCCAACGACUUCAAAACAAAGGAGGACAAACCGCUGGAUUCCGAAGUAGACAUGUUCUCUGAAGCCAUUGCACGCACUGCUGGGAUUGGGUGUACUAAUGAUGGCACAUGCACAUCUUCUGGAAGUGCAACGACUUAUGAAUCACGCCUACCUAGCAACUUUUCUGAUAAUCGGUCUGAUGAUUGGUUUGACGAUUGGUUUGAUGGCUCUAUAUCUUCCAAUGCUUCUGUGCUCACGUGA